AUGAGCUGUCAGCUGUCAGUCGGUGAUCGGCUCGUAGUUGCUAAACCCGGCGUGCGACAGAGCAGCGAAGUAAUGAGGUGGCGCAAGAAGUUGGUGCUGAUCUCGUUAUGGGCUAUGAACCUUGUGGAACAGCCUGCGCCGGAAGUCCAUUUACAACAAGGCACGCUAGUGGGGCGCGUGUCAUCCGACGGCUCUUUUCUCCUCUACACUGGGAUACCGUACGCCUCGACAGGUUCCUCUACUAGAUUUCAGGCUCCUGGCCCGCCGCCGCAGUGGAGGGGCAUCUUCAAAGCUGUCGACGACUUCGAUGUGUGUCCUCAGACAAGUAUUAUCAGUGGCGUCGUCGUCGGCAACGAGGACUGCCUAAAACUGAACGUGUAUGUCCCCAUAAAGAGGGAGUCGAAGCGACCGCUCUCGGUCAUGGUGUUCAUUCACGGCGGAGCAUUCGUACUCGGCAGCGGCGGCAACUUCGUUUAUGGUCCGGAUUAUUUCAUGAAUAAACACGUCAUUUUAGUGACAUUCAACUAUAGACUGGGUGCUCUCGGCUUUAUAUGCCUAGGCAUCAAGGAGGCGCCCGGUAACGCGGGCCUUAAGGACCAAAUUGCGGCAUUAAAGUGGGUCCGGAGCAACAUAGCCGAGUUCGGUGGAAACCCUGACGACGUGACUCUGUUUGGAGAAAGCGCCGGUGCUACUUCUGCAUCUAUUCUGAUGUCCAGUCCCGCUGCCGAGGGCCUCUUCCGCCGUGCCAUAUUGCAAAGCGGCAGCUCCAUCUCUAACUGGGCCAUCAACAGAAACCCCCUUUGGGUAGCGAGUCUCACUGCGAGCCGGCUCGGAUUUCAUUCGGAGGAUCCACAUGAACUUUACAAUUUUUUAAGCAAAGUCGAAUUGAAAGACUUAGUGCCUAUCGUGCAUGGAAAACCUGAACAAGUGUUUUUCGAUACACAGUUGCUUCAUUUACCGUGCGUAGAAAAACAGAUACCGGGCGAAGAGCCCGUUUUUAAUGAUCUGCCGUGGAACACGUUAUUAAAGAAGCAGAUCGGCAUUCCGGUGAUACACGGCACGAAUUCCCGAGAGGGUAUGUUCCUCACGGCGGCUGCCAACGGCUCCGUGGAAGAGCGAAAUGGAAAGUUCAUCUUUGCGAGUGACUUGCAGUUCGACACCGAAGAGGACGGAAUGCGUGUUUCCCUCGAGGCACAGAAAUUCUAUUUCGGCUCCGAUCGUAUCAGCAUGCUCAAGAUAGACAAUAUCACGGACCUGUACACGCAUUUGUAUUUCGAGAUUCCGUCCAUAAUAGAAACAGAGCUUUUGGUAAACCGAAGCGCAGCUCCCGUUUACAACUACCUAUUUGAUUACAGCGGUGGCAGGAAUUUCCUAAAGUUUAGAUCGGCGCGCGGUUCAGAGUCGGGCGCCUGCCACGGUGACGAGCUUUUCUAUAUGUUUAACGCGAAGGUGCUUCCAUUUAGGGUUAGCCGCGACGACCAGAUGGUCAUCGACCAGUUGACUACUAUGUGGAGCAAUUUCGCAAAAUACGGAGAACCCACGCCCGCGGGCAGCAAUUUGUUGCCAGGCGGGAUGGACUGGACGGCGAGCGAACGCGGUUCCCUGCGCUUCCUCCACAUAGAGAGCGGGCAGAAAGUACAGAUGAGAGGCGCGCCUAAUCCGGGUGCUCUGCAACUCUGGAGGAACAUUUAUCUUUCGCAUCGCCGAAUUGACCUCGGCCAACCUGCUCUACGCAGUAUUCGCGUCCCUUCGCUACGUCCCUUAUAG